CUCCACCCGGGCAAAUUUUGUUCUCUCUUGCCUCCUCUUGAUUCGUCCUAGAUUCUUUGGGUUCGUAUGUACGACGAUGGGGUGGAAAAUAGAAGCGCAGAUUGCUCUGGGGUUCGGGAUUUUGGUAGGAUCUAUGAAUGGAGUAGGUGGGGCAACGAACAGGAUGAAUGAGACUUUGGUUCCUUUAACUUUCCAACCCCUCCCUCUAGGCUCCAUUACACCACUGGGCUGGCUCAAAGACCAAUUAACCCUCGAAGCCAGCGGCCUCGCCGGCCACGAACACGACUUCUACAACUAUGUCGUACAUUCCACCUGGCUCGGCGGAACGCAAGAAUACUCUGCCCUCCGAGAAGGCUUUCCGUACUGGUUCAAUGGGCUCGUACCGCUCGCUUACUCGCUCUCCGAUUCUCGCUUAUUAGAUCAGGUGCACAGCGCCGCAGACUAUGUCUUAGACAAUCAGCAAGAGGAUGGCUGGCUGGGGCCGGAGCAAGGAACCGAGAGAAACUUCUGGGGCAGAAUGCCGUUUUGCCUAGGGCUGAUGCAAUUGGCACAGGCGGAUAAGGAGUAUGAGGGGAAGGUGGUUAGUGCGCUUUGGAGGUUUUCGGGGCUAAUGAAUAGUAUGUUGAGGGACAAUUUUACGGGGUAUCACUAUCAUGAGGGAGACCAGGUUGGGCAGGGUGACGAGCAGUGGGGCCGUGUCCGCGUACAAGACAUGCUAAUAACCCUUCAAUGGCUGUAUGAAACGCAUCCUACAGGUAACAUGACCCAACUCAUGGAAAACAUGGAUCUCCUAAUCCAAGGAUCGCUCAACUGGGCCGAGUGGUACAACACAGCAACUUACAUCACCAAGGACCUCAACACCGUCCCAGUAUCCGUCACUGAACCUCACUUCGCCUAUGAACACGGCGUAAACAUCGGCCAGGGCCUCAAAGCUCUCGCUGUUUUCCGAAGAGUAACGCAUAACGACUCGCUUGUGCAGACAUCAAAGAAUGCGGUCGAUUGGACGUUCCAGUAUCAUGGCGCGGCUUCCGGGGCUAUUCUCGCGGACGAGAGACUCGCUGGAUUAUCGCCGUACUAUGGGUCCGAAACUUGCACACUAGUGGAGACGAUGUACUCCUUAUCUUAUCUGUAUCAAGCGCUCGGCGACUCCUCGUAUGCAGAUAGGUGUGAGAAAACUGCCUUCAAUGCCUUCCCUGUCCAACUCACGCCGGAUUGGUGGGCGAGGCAAUAUGUCUCUCAACCAAAUCAGCCGUACUCUGAGAACCUUACAGAAACGCCGUUCUGGAACGUAAACGACUGGGGCCAGACAUACGGGCUUGAAACAGACUACCCAUGUUGUACGGUGAAUCAUCCGCAAGGGUAUCCCAAAUUCCUGUCCAAUUCGUAUGUGAAGGUUAACGAAACGGGUCUCGCGCACGCAUUAUUGAGUCCUGGAGUUGCAGCAAUUGGGGACACGAUUGUCAAGUGCGAGACAGCAUAUCCAUUCGGUAAUACACUCAUCUAUACCAUCACCUCGAGAGAAUCAUUUGACUUCUACGUCCGCGUCCCUUCCUGGGCCGAAGCCUCCAGCACCUCCAUCUCCCUCAACUCGUCGACCUCGACCGUCAAGCCGGACUCCCACACCGGCCUCCAUAAGAUCGCCAUUCCCUCAGGUUCCACGAUUGUGACGUACGCAAUCAGUAACCUAGCCAUUGUCCAAGAGAAAAGAGCGAAUGAUACAGUAGCAAUUCACCACGGCGCUCUCAUCUACGCCCUCAACAUCCCCAGCACAAACACCUCCCUAGCCCCCAAAAGCUAUUCCAACAACUCGCCCCUCCCGUCUGGUUAUGCACCACCCGAAUCCAGAGACUGGAUCAUAACACCAACAUCCACAUGGGCAUAUGCUAUUGAUCCCUCCACUCUAACUUUUCACAGUGUCAAUGGCACUGACACCAGCCUAGCCAAUCCAAUCUUCGCGCCAGGCGCAGCGCCGAUGUAUAUUACAGCCAAAGCGUGUGAGAUUGAGUGGGGAAUGUAUAAAGGUGUUCCGGAUGCGCCGCCAACGGGAGGAAAUAGGAAAUGCAAAGGGAAUAAGACGACAGAAAUCAGACUUGAGCCUUUGGGAGGAGCGAAAUUGCAUUUGGUAGAUUUGCCGGUUUUAGAUUUAGGUGGGAUAGCCUAG